AUGGAUGGUUUGAAUGGAAGAGCGAACAAUGGGGAAGUUGCCAAUCCUGACCUCCAGAUUAUUAGAUACUCUCCUUACCAGCCCUGCAGUAAAUUAGCUUCAUCCUGGUUUGAUCUGAGAGUCUUCUAUGUGAGGGUUAGCAACUUUAAGGUCGAUGAUUCGACCCCAAAGCAUCUUACUCUCAACCACAUUCCUCUAUUCCCAGAUACCCUUUUGGAAAUCAAUGGUGAUAAAAGUAGCAUUUUUUCUGAAGGUGUCUCUUCACAUCUCAGAAGGGAUCGGGUCGAUAAGAAAUCUGAAGAAGCCACAUUUGUGAAUACAGACAGCAUAAGGCUGACGGGAAGUGCAAAAUUUGAAGUGUUUGACAAAGAAGAUCUCAUCCUGUCUGGGGUGUUAGAUAUGUGUAAUAGCAAUGGUUUCACUGGCGAAUCAAAAAGCAAUGCCAAGCGAUGGAGCAUGAAUUGUGAAUCAGAGAUUACCGCUGGCACUGGAUUUUUGAAGGGGAAACAACUUGGUGGCGCUGAAUUACCUGCACCAACCAUUGAGGUUUACAUCACAGGCUGCUUCUCUGGGACACCAAUCAUCUUAACCAAGACCCUGCAGCUUAAUUUCCGGAAGAAACAUAAUAGGAUGAGCACGCUGGAUGCGAUCCCUGAGUACGAGACAACUGAAUGCCAGAAAGAUGUCUCUCCUGGGCUUGAUAUGGAGGUAGCAGAAUACGGAAACUACAAGCCAGAGAAUGAGGAAGAGUACAGCAACCUGUACUGGAGGAGGACAGAAUAUAUGGAUGGGGAAGAUGGCGAGCUCUCAUGGUUCAAUGCUGGUGUGAGAGUUGGCGUCGGUAUUGGACUCGGCGUUUGUCUUGGAAUUGGUAUCGGGGUUGGUUUGCUGGUCCGUACUUACCAAACGACCACUCGAACUUUCAAGAGGCGACUGGUGUGA